AUGGCUCUGCGCCAGUCCGGGAUUCCCAACGUGUCCGGUUUCUUCUCAUUCCUGAUGCGUUUCAUGGUGGCCGGUCUGCGCCGACGGGAACUGCAAUGGGGCCAACCGGGGAACACACGCGAUGUAUUUGUUGCAGGCGAUUGUGACCAGUCCGUUAUACGAUUUGCUGAACUACUCGGCUGGAAAGACGAUCUGGUAUCACUGAAACAGUCCACGGACGCCGAUUUAGUGGCCAGUGGGAAAGUGGCGUCUAGCUCCUCGCAGCAAUCCCACUCCGAUUGA